CGAGGUUUGCUGCCUUCCCACUCCCCUGGAGGGCAGGUGUGCAGUGCAGAGAGCUGCUUUUAUGCAUUAGCAUGCCUUUGUCUCUGAGGAGGUUUAUUUUCCAUGUGAUGCAGGGUUGGGUUGGUAAGUAAGCUCUUUUAUUGAAUAAUUAAAUUAGACCUUUUCCUGCCUUUUCCCUCUCCCCACCACCAAAUAAGUCCUGAGUUCGUCUGCAGGGUACGUUUGGCGUAAGCAGUGAGUUGAUACCGUGUGUGUACAAACCAAGCAGAAUACUCCCCCUUUGUAAUGACCGAUAGAGUUGUGCACCCCGCCGAUGUGAAUGUUUAAAAGACAAAAAAAAAAGAAAAAAGUCACAAAAGCACACAAUUUACUCCCAAAUAUGUCUGUUGUGACGUUUCCAGGUGAAAUACCUCGGUAAAACUCAUACCACUCUGACCCUUGAUGCCAUCUAGAUGUAGGAUGCGGAUCCAUUGCUUUGUCUGCAAACUCCAUCCUCAUUCCAUUACGUUGACUGUAAACCGGCUGCCCCUGGGUGCGGGUCUGCCCGUAAAGCAAAAAAAAAAAAGUUGUAAAAAAAGUUUUGUUAAAACAAAGUGUGUCAAAAAAGAAAGAAACAAAAAGGUGGCAAAAGAAAGCACUGUUUCCCAAAUGUCAUCACACAUUUUUCCCCCAUCCCCAUGUACAGUCUCAUGUCGGAUAAUUAGCAAAAUUGAAGCGUCGACGUACAGUGCAAGCACCCAGUUUGUUACCAAAUCUCGUUAGCGUCCUUUGAUUUUCCUUCUCCCUUUCUUUUCCUUUUGGUGAUCAGGUGCGUUACGAAAAGCUCCAUUUUGUUCCUCACUCUACUUCACACGAUUCAAGUUCGAAGGCCUGGGACGUAUCCCGUUGCUGUGGCAUCAGCCAUGCUGUGGCAGCGAGGACGUCAGCGCUCAGCGUUAGGAUUUCACUGAAGGAUUCGGAUAGGAGGAGCGGGAAGGAGCUAACCUGCAAGCAGAAUUAGCAGCUGAGUCGAGCACGUUCCCCGAGCGUCGUCACCGCCGUGUUACGUCAUUGCCGUGGCGCUGAGGUCACAAACGCCGCACGGCAACCGGCGAGAGUCCUUCCGCGAGGAUGUGUGCUGUGCCGGGGACCGUUCGCUAUAGAUCAGGCGGUCAGGAGCGAUAGGAAAGCCCGAGAUGAGCGCGGAUUCGGGGAAGAAUUUUCCCCCAGUCAGUGUUUUCUGCAGUACCAAUAGUUGGUUAACAGACAUGGCUUCUUCACCACGUACCCGCAGCGACUCUCCACGGGAGGAUGGAGAACUGGAAGAAGGGGAGCUGGAGGAUGAUGGAGGGGAAGAGGCGCAGGAUCCCUCCGAAUCUCAAGAGAGAGGUCGGAAGGAAAAGGGGGAGAAGCAUCACAGCGAUUCAGAUGAUGAGAAAGCCCAUCGACGGAUGAAGCGCAAGCGUCGGAAAGAGAGAGAGAAAGAGAAGAGGAGAUCCAAGAAGAAAAGGAAAUCCAAACACAAGCGCCAUGCUUCUUCCAGCGAUGACUUCUCUGAUUACAGCGAGGACUCGGACUUCAGUCCCGGUGAAAAGGGACACAGAAAAUACAGGGAAUACAGCCCUCCCUACUCUUCUUCCCACCAGCAGUAUCCGUCCUCUCACAAUGCUCCCAUGCAAAAGAAGAGCUACUCUAAAAUGGAGAGUAAAAAUUAUGGCAUGUACGAGGACUACGAGAAUGAAGAGUACGGUCAGUACGAGGGGGAGGAGGAUGAAGAUAUGGGGAAGGAAGAUUACGACGACUUUGCAAAAGAGCUGAAUCAAUACCGGCGAGCGAAGGAAGGCUCUCACCGGGGACGAGGUGGCCGUGGCCGAGGCAGAGGGUACCGAGGGCGAGGAGGCAGAGGAGGAAUGAGAGGAGGCCGAGGCAUGGGCCGAGGAAACCGAGGGCGAGGCAGAGCUGACCACCCCGAGGAAGAGGAGGAAAUGUAUGAUGAAGAGAUGGAAUAUUGCGAUAACGAGGAGCCCAUCAUCGAUGACGAAUAUGACGAUUACUCGAAAGAGCUGAAUCAGUAUCGCAGGAGUAAGGAGAAUCGUGGACGGGGUUUAAAUCGAGGACGUGGUCGUGGGCCCAGAGGAAGAGGAAAUAAAGGAAUGGGCAGAGGACGAGGCAGAGGCGGAAACAGAAGUGGAAUGGGGAAAGGUGGUGGAAUGAACGAGGACGACGAUUACUACGACGAGGACAUGGGAGAUGGAGGAGGUGGUGGAAAUUACCGGCGGAACGACCAUGAUAAACCCCACCAGCAGUCGGAUAAGAAAGGCAAAGUCAUCUGCAAAUACUUUGUGGAAGGCAGGUGUACCUGGGGCGACCACUGCAACUUCAGUCAUGACAUCGAACUACCAAAGAAACGGGAGCUGUGCAAGUUCUACAUCACCGGCUACUGCGCCAGGGCUGAAAACUGCCCUUACAUGCAUGAUAUCUUCCCUUGCAAGCUCUACCACACCACGGGCAACUGUAUCAACGGGGAUGACUGCAUGUUUUCUCACGAUCCGCUCACAGAGGAGACGCGGGAGCUUCUGGACAAGAUGCUGGCAGAUGAUGCGGAAGCAGGUGCAGAGGAUGAGAAAGAAGUCGAAGAACUAAAAAAACAGGGCAUUAAUCCUCUUCCCAAACCACCCCCCGGGGUCGGCUUGCUGCCCACACCUCCUCGUCCUCCCGGACCGCCGGCUCCGACAUCUCCAAACGGAAGACCGAUCCCCGGAGGCCCUCCUCCUCCUCCGCCGCCACCGCUUCCACCGCCGGGGCCGCAGAUGCCGCCACCAAUGCACGAACCUCUGUCGCCGCAGCAGUUGCAGCAACAACAGGACAUGUACAAGAAAAUUCCCUCGCUCUUUGAGAUCGUCGUCCGACCGACUGGGCAGCUGGCGGAGAAGCUGGGCGUGAGGCACCCAGGUCCGCCUCCCCCCAGGUUCCCCGGGCCAGGAGGACCCCCAGGACCAAUGCCAGGACCCAUGCACCCCGAUAUGCACCCAGACAUGCACCCAGACAUGCACCCAGACAUGCACCCGGACAUGCACCCCGACAUGCACCCGGACAUGCAUCCGGAUAUGCACCCGGACAUGCCGAUGGGCCCGGGAAUGAAUCCCGGCCCUCCGAUGGGUCCCGGACCCCCUAUGAUGCCCUACGGACCGGAUGAUUCCCCCCAUUCCGGCAUGAUGCCGCCCGUUCCACCAGCGCAAGGUUUUUAUGAUAAUUUCUACCAGCAACAAGAAGGUCUGGAGAUGGAUCACGGAAUGAUGGGAGACCCAGAAGACUACGGUGGUUACGAGGAUAUGGAAGGACCUCCGGGAGAGCACAUGUUCCCUGAUCCGUCCUUGGAUCAUGAUGCCUUGUGUGAAGGAGGCCCUCCCGGCUUACCGAAACCGCCGGGCAGCAUCCCCGAUUUCAUGCCGUCGGCACAAAGAGCUCUUUAUUUGAGAAUCCAGCAGAAGCAGCAAGAGGAAGAGGAGAGAGCUCGGAGACUUGCCGAGAGCAAUAAGCAAGACCGCGAAAAUGAGGAAGGCGAUACCGGUAACUGGUAUUCCAGUGACGAAGAUGACGGUGGAAGUAGCGUCACCUCCAUAUUGAAAACCCUAAGGCAACAAAGCUCCGGCAGAUCUCACAUCCAACCCUCCCACGGAGAAAUCGGACCACCUUCCGGUGUAAGCGACCCUCGCCUGCAAAAAUCCCAAACAGGAGGAAGCGGUCGUCCUGCCGAUCCGCGGUUACGGGAUCCCAGGCUUUCCCGAAACGCGGACCUUUCCGUCCCGUCUCUUCCCGGGGAUUUGGGACCCACUGACCCCAGACUCGCACGACACAUUCCCUCCUCCGCCCCCAAACCAGAAGUUCCUCAUUCCAGCGUCGGCGGCGGUCAGAAACCUUCCCUGCUCCCCGACGAGGAGGAAGGGGAAAGAAUUCUACGGGAUAAACCGGUCAACAUCCCCGUCGAUGCUCUCCCGGGCCAUUCCCUGCGGGAUCCUCGCUCCCAACUCCAGCAAUUCAGCCACAUCAAAAAAGACGUCGUCCUCAACAAACCCAACUUUGCCCGGAUGAUCCUGUGGAGCCCAGAGGAUCUGAUUCCGUUACCGAUCCCAAAGCAAGAGUUUAUUCCUGUUCCGGCAGCUCUUCAAUCCAUGCCUACCCUCGAUCCGCGUCUUAACAGACCCCAAACGGGUCUUUCCGAUCCCAGGCAGAGGGGGGGAACGGCACCGGGAGACGUCGGUUCUUCUUCGGGUACCGGUCUCCCCGAUUUCGAGCUCCUGUCGAGGAUUUUAAAGACUGUGAACGCGGCCGGCAGCCCAUCUUCCAGCCAGAGCGACAAACCCAGCGACCCUCGGAUGCGGAAAGCCCCCGCCGACCCCAGAUUACAAAAAUCUACAGAAACGGGAAUUUCUCGAGUUCCUAAAACCUCAGAUCCGGCAUCCGCCAGCGACACCGCCCCGGCUAUCGCUCCCUACGACCCUCGGCUGCUGACGGCGGGCGGGUUGAGCAAAGGCAGCGGGCAAAGCAGCGUUCUGAGUGCCAUCAGUUUGUACGAUCCCAGGACUCCGAGCUCGGGCAGCAAAGCUUCCGAGUCUCCUAACGAAGCUAACUCGUCUUCUAAAUCUUCGGAUUCCGGCAAAACCACCGGCAAAACCAAGGAACCCCUUUUCGUUCGACGUUCGGCGUUGGAUCAACCCGAAUCGGAAAAAUCGAACGUCGAAUCCGCUACGGACAGGUACAAUAGUUACAACCGACCUCGUCCCAAAACCGCCGUCGUUCCUCCUGUCCAAGAAACAACCCCCCAACCCGGGGUACACAAUCUUCCGGUUCCUUCGGUUUACGGUAUGGUUAAACAAAGCGCCAAAUCCGGAUCGGGAAGUCCUUUCGCGGGAAACAGUCCGGCGCAGGACAGCGAACAGCAAGACGCCGCUUCCCUUAAAGAUGUCUUCAAGGGUUUCGAUCCCACGGCUUCCCCUUUCUGUCAGUAGUAUUAAAAAAAAAAAACAAAAAAAAAACCAAACCCACCCCCCCCCUCCCCAAAAAAAACCAAACCCUGACUCCGUGCAUCGAAUUAGUCGGUAAUUUGAUUUCUUUUUGGGUUGUUUUUCUUAUUUUUUUGGGGUUUCUUUUUUGUUUUAAUUCCAUUAGCGUUCACUUUAGCCAUAUAACGUGUAGAGAAAUCCCGGGUUCUGCUGUAACUAAAGCGAAUUUCCCGAAUCCCGUUUUAAAAGAAGAAUCAAACUCCCUCUGUGAUAACAACCAGCGUUUUCUAUAUUUUAGCGCUUUUUCCCCCAAAAAAACCACCCAAAACCUGAUCGAAAUCAUCCGGAGGGGGGAAAAAAAUGCUUAAAUCUCCGCCUUUCAAACCUGACUUUUCUCCGGAGAGGCAAAAUUUACCGCGAUUCUUAAUUUCUUGCUUUGAAAAACCGCGCGUCGAUGGCUCACGGGUGUAAUUUUUACAGCGGAAUGAACUAAAAAAAAUCUUUGUAUUAUAAUCUUUUUCUAAAAUUCUGCUGCGGCGAACGGGAGUAACCAUGAAAAAAAAAACAAACCCAAAACCCCCCCAAAAAACCCAACCUAAUCCCAUGUGAAAGUGGGGACGGGGUGUUUCUGGUUUCUUUUGAUUCAUUUUUUUUUUUUUUUUUACUGGAAGUAAAUAUUUUUAUGCCUUUUUUUGGAGAUUUUCGAGACAAACGGGGUUUCAAAUCUCUAAAAAAAUGACAAAAUAUUUACAGCCCUCCCUCCAAACAAAAAAUUUAAAAAAAGGAAAAAAAAAAAAAAAAAGGAUUAUUAAAUUAUAUCUCAAAUCAAAUCAAAAGGGGAUUUUUUUCCCCAAAACAAAAGGCUCGGAGGUUCUCGACGCCUUUUUUUUUUCCCCCAUCCUGGAGAGAAAAAUCAUCCGAUGGGAUUGGAAAAGGGAUUUAAAACCCCGUUCUGGCUGGAAAAACACAUGUUGAAAAAUCACCAUCACAUUUUUUUGGGGGAAAAAAAUACAUUUCCGAACAGCCAGCUCUAUCAGCGUGCAAAAAACCCCCCCAAAAUAGUUAUUUUUCAGCGAUAAAUCGGUAUUUUUUUUUAUCGCUCCUUCAAAUUUACGACGGGUUUUUCUCAACCCGUCGCCCCACGUAAUAAUUUUUUCCCCUCGGCGUUUGGAGCGUCCGGGGGUUGCUUUGAGCGGGGGGAAAAAAAAACCAAACAAAAAACCACAACUGAAUUUUUUGUAAAAUGAUUUAUUAUUAUUAUUAUUAUUAUUUUAUUUUAUAGGGAUUUAAAAAAAAAAAAUACAAAAAAAAAAAUAAUAAAUCAGCUAUCGAAGCCGGUCGGGGGGGAUUUAUUUUUUUUUUUUUUCCACCUGCCGGAGAUUUCGAAGAAAAGCAAUUGUAAUAAAUGUGUAAAUAAUUGUUUCGGAGUUGAGGUCGUUGCUGGAAAUACCCGGAUUUUGCCCCAAAAUUCGUAUUUGGGGGUGGGGUUUGGUUGGGGUUGGGGUGGUUUUUUUUUUUCCCUUUUGUUUCCCCUUUUUUUUUUUUGGCGUAUCUUGUGAAUUCGGAUGGUUGAGCCUCGGCCACCUGGGGUUUG